AUGGCCGCAGCGGCUGAGCCCGAGCAGAUCGAGAAGUUCCUCGACGGCCUGAAGUACGACGACAAGGGCCUCGUCGUCGCCAUUGCCCAGGAUGUAGACACCGGCGCGAUCCUCAUGCAGGGAUUCGCCGAUCGCACCGCCGUGCGCAGCACGAUCACCAAGCGCCAGGCCACAUUUUUCUCGCGAUCGCGGCAGGCGCAGUGGACCAAGGGGGAGACCUCCGGCAACUUCAUCUCCGUGAAGUCCAUCCACCUCGACUGCGACAAGGACUCCCUCAUCUACCUCGGCGUCCCCGACGGCCCCACGUGCCACACCGGCGCGCACACGUGCUACUACAGCCAGGUUGACGGCGACGACGGAGCCGCCGCGGUGGAGGGCGGCGGCAAGCACGGCCAGGAGGAGGCGCUCACCACCCUGUACGAGCUCGAGGAGACCAUCCAGAAGCGCAGGACCGAGGCGGUGAAGGAGGGUGACAAGCCGUCGUGGACCCGCAAGCUGCUCGACAACCCCGAGCUGCUGUGCAAGAAGAUUCGGGAGGAGGCUGGCGAGCUCUGCGAGACGCUCGAAAACGACGAGGGCAAGGAGCGCGCGGCGAGUGAGAUGGCCGACGUUCUUUACCACUCCAUGGUCCUGCUCAAUCUGCAGGGCGUGGGCAUGGAGGACGUGCUCGCGAAGCUCAGGGGCAGGUUCGGCACCAGCGGGGUCGAGGAGAAGGCCAACCGGCCGCCCAAGUCGAAGCAGGCGCACAGAACCGGGUAG